UGCUCUCUGAAGAUGAUGCUGUGUUCUCAGCUGCAGAUCCUGCUGGUGGCCGUGUCUGUGUCAGUGCUGCUGGCCCGGGCUAGUGGAGCCCUGCAGAGCGAUAGGCUGGCUGAGCUACUGAGGACUGACUUACCCGAGGAAAAAGAGGAGUUCUCCCGCAUCUCGCUUCUGAAAAUGUUUUCAGAUCUCCUAAAGCCAGAGAACGCCAUCCUCCCCGCCGAGGACUCUGGGAUACGAAGGGAUGCGACACGUCAGCUCCCCGCGCCGCAGCGCGACCGCAAAGCCGGCUGCAAGAACUUCUUCUGGAAGACGUUCACGUCGUGUUAAUCCGCGGGGACAAAAGUAGUCCCUGUGACCUCACGAUGACCCCACCCUCCCGUCUGUUAAACCUACCUGUAUAUAAAAUGUACUCACUCGCAGGAACAAAACGUGGAUAUGAAUGUGUAAUAAAGAUAUGAGAAUACUGCCUUUUAUUUGUUAAUGAAUUAAAUAACAGAUCUGUUUCAGUGUUAAUAUGGGUCUUUUAUUUGUUGACUGCAAUGGAAACGCGAUACUCGGAGCCUGUAUUCAGUAGUAAGGACACCCUGUGCAGUCCUAAACGAAUCUCUAUUAAAUUACCUUACAAGCCUGACAGAUUGGGGCUGUGUCGACUGGAGGAUCAGCGAAACGUACGCUGGUGUAGACGAAGCUAUCGUUUU